AAUACAGUUUUCCAAACAAUCAACAAUAAGUUUAAAAUUAAAGUAAAUUAAUUAAUAGCUAGCUAUUAACUUAUGUUGAAGUGUUUUCCAAUUUCUCUAGUAAAAUAUGUCUAAGUGCAGAGCAUGUUUAAAGUCAGCUAGGAAUAUGUUUAUUUUUGAUGAACCGUUUACAAUGUACUUUAAUUUACUUACUGGUCUAAAUUUACAGCUGUCCACUGAUGAAUCCCAAAUGCUAUGUAACCAUUGUCUUAAAACUCUUCAACAGUUUAUGGAUUUUAGAGAGAAAUGCAUUGCAGCUAAUGCAGUAUUUAGUAACAUCAAACAGGAAUUCCUUGAUGAAACUGAAGUGAAGCAAGAACUGAAAACAGAUGAUGAUGAAUUUAAUGUAACCUUUGAAGCUGAUGAUGAAUAUAAGUAUGAUAACAAUUUUACGGAUGAGUUGGUUUUGAAAUCUGAUGAAGAUGUCACGAAACAUGACAGUCAGAAAUUUAUUGGAAAACAGGAAUGUGACACAACAGAAGAAAAUUUACCUUCUGAUACAAAUAGCAAAAAAGAUAUCAAACAACCUACAAGGAAAAGAAAAAGAAAAUGUGCGAAGAGUGCAAAAGAAAAUUUACCUUGUGUAGCAACACCUAAAGACAGUGAAAAAACAAAUAUAGUUAUAUACGAAAAGUCUUCUGGGAAAAAUCUGCCGUGUGGUUUAUGCACGAAAUCAUUUGAAGAUAAAAUUCAACUAAAAUCGCAUUUUGCGACACACAAACGGUACAACACUUGUUGCAAUUGCGAAGAGAGAUUAGAGGACUGGCAAGAAAUAAUAGCGCACAGGGUCGUUCACUUGCCGCGAAUGAGAGUCCCCUGUCAUUUGUGUCCGAGACAAUUCAGUACUUCACUACAAAUGGAAUAUCAUUUUAGAAACAGUCAUCACACAGAAGGAGAAAGGCAAAGUCUGAGGUGUAGGACAUGUGACCGGAAGUUUGAGACACCGCGGAGACUGGGCUAUCACUGCAUUGAAACUCACAAUUCAAGAAACAAAGCGUUUUACUGUGACUAUUGUAAUAAAUUAUGUAGAACAAAGUCGGGCAUAAAGGCUCAUAUCCUUACGCAUAUUGAUACCAAACCACACGCGUGUGACUUGUGUGACUUCAGUACCAAAAUGAAGCACCAACUAGUGUCGCACAAAAUUUACAAACACAAUCCAGAAAAAGCAUAUUGCUUAAGGUGCAAGAGAGUGUUUGUCUCGCAGGCUGAGAGAGACAAACAUGCGUGUAAACAGGGUGAUUAUAUAUGCCCCGUGUGCGGAAAAAUAUUCAGAAAUAAGACCAUGGUAAAUCGGCACGCCCGUACCCACGAUAAGAACCACUGGUACACAUGCGACCGCUGCCCGGCGAAGUUCAAAGGCAGGACUUCUCUCGUGGUACACCUCAACAAGCACGACGGCAUCCGGAAACACGCUUGCGAGUUCUGCCCCGCCAAGUUCUACUUCCCGUCGGUUCUUAUCAAACACCGCAGAACGCACACCGGUAUAAAGCCGUACGUAUGUAAGAUAUGCCAAAAAGGCUUCACCGGAAACCAUAAUCUUAAAAUGCACAUGCGAGUGCAUGGAAAAUUUCUGAUCAACAAAAGAGAAACAAAAGAUGAACAAGCGCUCUUACAACAACAAGCUGAUUCGUUUAAAAGUAAUAGAUAGAUAGAUUAAUAAUUUAGAUUAAAGAUUUUAAAAAUAAACUGUAAACAAUCACAAAUUCAUCGGAAUAUUGAUUUCCGAUUCAGUAACUUCUCGAAAAAAACGUCAAUCUGUUGUCUUUCUUCAUCUGUAUUUGGUUGAUUGCCUUAACAAAUCGCAUUAUUAGACACAGUAUGACAUCGUAUGUAUUAAUAUAUAAUUCGUUAACGGGAAUAUUAGGAAGUCGGCCAACGCACUAUGCGUUGCGGCGACGCACUGUAAAACUUUUACUUCGUGGACCAUUGCGGCGCCGCAAUGCUGUCGCCGCGAUGGUGAGAUAGUGCUAGAAUUAGAGCUUUAAAACAAAGUAGUUAAGGUACAUUACACUACGAAGUUACCAGAAUGGAAGAUUGCGAGAAUAAAGCUUGAAGGAAGGGUAGGUAGUUAGGUUAAUUCCCUUUUAAGGGAAUCAUGUCAAUGAUUUUUACGUAAAUGUUAGUGCCACUUCAGUUCUAUAUAUUGUAUCUCCGGAAUCUCGGAGUGUUACUUACUUUUAUAAUGCGUCAUACGUAAAAGUAGCAGCUGUGAUUUCAAUGUUUUAGGUUCAAACCGUUUUCAGUAAUCGCACAGAUUUUGACGAGAUUCCAGGUAGCAGAAGGGGAAGAAGGAAGAGAGAGCAAGUUAAAACAGAUAGUGAAAGACACGACAGUUAGUUAAAUAAAAAAUAAAAAUAUAUCGAUAAGAGGCGAAACAUAGCUAAUUAAGUUUCGAUACAGUCAAAUUAAGAU